AUGUCAAUGAAAAAGCUCCAAGCCGAGAUCGACAGAGUAUUGAAAAAAGUAAGCGAAGGUGUUGAAACCUUUGACAGCAUUUACGACAAGAUUCAAUCGACCAACAACACAAACCAAAAAGAAAAAUAUGAACAAGACUUGAAAAAGGAAAUCAAGAAACUGCAGCGACUGCGUGAUCAAAUCAAGACAUGGCUUUCUUCAAACGACGUCAAGGAUAAAUCAGCACUACUCGAAAACAGAAAACUGAUCGAAUCAGAAAUGGAGCGGUUCAAAACAGUCGAACGUGAAAUGAAGACAAAAGCAUUUUCAAAAGAAGGCUUGUUGCAGCGAGAGCGAUUGGAUCCUAAAGAAAAGGAAAAAGCAGACGCUGUCGAUUGGAUCACAAAUACGGUAGAUGAAUUGUCUCGACAAAUCGAAUUUGCAGAAGCUGAAAUUGAGACGAUGCAAGGGACAACAAAGCGAGGGAAAAAGGAUCACGCAAAGGCAGAGAGGAUUAGUGAAUUGGAACAUUUUAUCGAAAGGAAUCGAUGGCACACGAAUCGAUUGGAGCUCGUUCUGAGGUUAUUGGAAAAUGGCCAACUAUCCGCAGAGAAGGUUGUAGGAAUUCAGGAUGAUGUGCAGUAUUAUCUUGAAUGCAAUCAGGAACCUGAUUUUGAAGAAGAUGAGUAUAUCUAUGACGAUCUGAAUCUAGAGGCAGAAGAGGCACUGUAUAACGUUCGUACAGAGGAUCAGCUCACACCAUCUGUGGAAGAGGAUAAGCAGGUAAAGGAAGAAGAACCACCAAUAAAGCCAAGUAAGGCGCCAGCGAGUAUAAAACCAGCGUCAACGCCGCAAAGGCAAAACUCGUUACCGACAAAGCCAGCAGAGUCGCCCACCAGUACUCCCAAGUAUGCACAGGCUGCUGCUACCGUUGCUCCAACCGUUGCUCCAACCGUCCCUGCUACGAUUACUACUGUAGAUGAGAAUAAAGAAAAACCUGCCGAGCCAACCAAGGUGAUCUCUGCUUGGGCAGAGCCUAUCAAGAUUGUUGAGCAACCAAAGCAAUCACCACAACCGCUACCACAAACACAGCCACAACAGCAACAGCAACCCCAAGUACAACCAUCACAACCAUUACAACAACAACAACAACAACAAAGCACGCCUGGUGCGCUGCCAAAAGUUCCCAAAGAAGAACUACCGCUUCCACCAUCCCUGGCGGACCUAGCAUCUUCAUUCGAGGCUAUCAAGAGCCGAACCCAGGAUCCGCAAUACACAAACCGUAUGCUCGAGUCCAGUUUACAAUUUGUACCUGACCUCAUUGACUCUGAACGACCGAAAGUGUAUCAGCCUCAAACACCGCAGAUCACACCAUCUUACUACCCACAACAGCCCUUGGCUAUUUUUGAGAACCCGAGCCUUUUUGAAAAAUUUGAUAUGGAUGCAUUGUUUUUUAUAUUCUAUUACCAACAAGGCACCUAUCAACAAUAUUUGGCAGCGAAAGAGCUCAAGAAGCAAUCAUGGCGAUUUCACAAGAAAUACCUCACUUGGUUCCAACGACAUGAGGAGCCCAAGGUGAUCACGGACGACUAUGAGCAGGGCACUUAUAUCUAUUUUGAUUACGAAAAUGCAUGGUGUCAGCGUAAAAAGACAGAGUUUAGAUUUGAAUAUCGGUACUUAGAGGAUGCUUAA